AUGUCUCAACUCCUGAACAGCGUACUCAAUGUGAUCAAGGUGUUUGACAAAUAUGCCAAAGAGGAUGAGAACUGUGCCUCGCUAUGCAAGGAGGAGUUGAGGCAGCUGCUCUUGACUGAGUUUGGAGACAUCCUCCGGAGACCAAAUGAUCCAGAAACUGUGGAAAACAUCCUAAACCUCUUAGAUCGAGAUAGAGAUGGAUAUGUUGAUUUUCACGAAUACCUCUUGUUAGUGUUUCAGUUGGUCCAAGCCUGCCAUCGUAAGCUAGAUAGUAAGUCAUGUGGAGACAGAACCUCCCAGCAAGAAAGGAGGCAGGAAAGAGAAAAAGACCACAAGUUUCCAGGAAAUAUAGGCAGACAACACAGGCAGAGGCAUGAGGAAGAACAGCAGAACUCCCACCACAGUCAACAGGGUCAGGACUCCUGCCAUGGUCAAUUAGAGAGACAGGGUCAAGACUCUCACUAUGGUCAGCCUGAGAGACAAGAUAGGGAUUCUCACUAUGGUCAGACUGAAAAACAAGACCAGGACUACCACUAUGGUCAGUCUGAGAAACAAGAUAGGGAUUCCCACCAUGAUCAGUCUGAGAGACAAGACAAAUAUCACAGCUUUGAUCAGUCAGAGAGACAAGAUCAAGACUCCAGCUCUAGUAAAAGACUGAAUCAUAAAUCUGGUAGUGGCCAGCCUAAAAGUCAAGGAUAUGUCUUUGCCUUAAAUGAGUGUGAAAAACCAGCUCAGGGUUCUCAUUGUGGUCAGCCUGAAAGACUUGGACAACAAUCAAGAUGUGGCCAAUCUGGAAGACUUGGACAAGACUCUUGCUAUAGUCAGACAUCAGGCUCUUAUUAUGGACAGUCUGGGAGGCUGGGUCAGGAAUCAGGCUGUAGUCAAAGAGAUAGGCAAGAAUUGGUUUCUCACUAUGAUCAGACAGACAGACAAGGCCACAGUUCCCACUAUGGUAAGACAGAUAGACAGGGCCAUAAUUCUCACUAUGGUCAGACAAGCAGACAAGGUCUGAGCUCUCAGUAUGGUCAGACAGAUAGACAGGGUCAGAGUUCUCACUAUGGUCAGACAGACAGACAAGGCCAGAUUUCUCACCAUGGUCAGGCAGACAGACAAGGCCUGGGUUCUCAGUAUGGUCAGACAGACAGACAGGGCCAGAGAUAUCACUAUGGUCAGACAAACAGACAAGGUCAGAGUUCUCAUUAUGAUCAGACAGAAAGACAGGGUCAGAGUUCUUAUUAUGGUCAGACAGAUAGACAGGGCCAGAAUUCUUACUAUGGUAAGACAGACAGACAGAGCCAGAGUUCUCACUAUGGUCAGAUAGACAGACAGGGCCUGUGUUCUCACUAUGGUCAGACAGACAGGCAAGGCCAGAGUUCUCACUAUGAUCAGAAAGACAGACAGGGCCAGAUUUCUCACUAUGGUCUGACAGACAGACAAGGUCAGGGUUUUCACUGUGGUCAGACUGACAGACAGGGCCAGAAUUAUCACUAUGGUCAGACAUAUGGACAAGACCAGAAUUUCUACUAUGGUCAGUCACAGACUGGAGAAACUGAAACACAAAGGCAAAAUAAGUACUUCCAAGGGACCAAGGGAAGAAGAAGAAGAGAUGAAAAUGUUGAGCAGUCAGGAAGAUCAGGAAGACUAAGUCAACAGACACCAGGAGAGGAAGUGUACCAAAGUCAGGGACAGGGUUUUCAAACUAGGGAUGUGCAGCAGAACAGCCCCCAAGUAUGGGAGCCUGAGAAGUAUAGCCAACGCCAUCAACAUAAGCUCUUAGCACAAAUCCAGCAAGAAAGACCACUCUGUAACAAAGAGAGAGACUGGCAAUCAUGCAAUAGUGAGCAAGACCACAGACAGGCCCAGACAAGGCAGCACCAUGAUGAGGAGCAGAGUCACUGGGCGGAGGAAUUGCAGGGUCAUCAAAGCUGGAGUAGACAAAGUCAUGAGGGUCAGGAGAGUCCAUAUGAGGCACAAGAUAGGCAAACUCAUGAAGAGGAGCAGAACCACCAGCGACGAGACAGGCAAACCCACACAGAGGAGCAGAACCACCAGAGACGAGACAGGCAAACCCAUGAAGAGGAGCAGAACCAUCAGAGACGAGACAGGCAAACCCACGAAGAGGAGCAGAACCACCAGCGACAAGACAGGCAAACCCACACAGAGGAGCAGAACCACCAGAGACGAGACAGGCAAACCCACAAAGAGGAGCAGAACCAUCAGAGACGAGACAGGCAAACCCACGAAGAGGAGCAGAACCAUCAGAGACAAGACAGGCAAACCCACGAAGAUGAGCAGAGCCAUCAGAGACAAGACAGGCAGCCCCAUGAAAAGGAUCAAAACCAUCAACAACACAGGCAAAACUAUGAGGAAAAAGAGAGGUAUCAAGAAUCCCAGGAUCAACAGACCCAAGGGGCCCAGCAAGGCUAUGCUAGUAGAGAAAAAUUCCACAUGAAUGAAGAUGACCAGAGCAGAAGCUCACAGGGAAGACAGAUUUGUGUUGGUAAAGAAAGAAAAAGAAAGAAAGAGAGAGAGAGAGAGAGAGAGAGAGAGAGAGAAAGAAAGAAAGAAAGAAAGAAGCAAGAAGAAGACCAAAGGAGAUUCGAGCCCCGGGACAGGCGACUGGAAGACGAGCCUGAGCAACGACGCAGGCAGAAGGGGCAGGAACAGGAGAGGGAGCUCGCUGAGGAGGAGGAGCGGAGGGAGAAGCCAGACAGACUCCGGCGCCGCGACCCGGAGCCACCGCGAGAGCGGGAAGAGCGCCGCGCACAGGAGGAGCAGCUGCGGGAAAAGCGAGGGCGAAGGCGGGAGCGGCAGGAGCUGAAGAGGGAGCUCCAGGAGGGGGAAGAGCGGCUGCAGAGGCGCGAGCAGGAGGAGGAGAGGCGCGAGCAGAAGAGGCGCGGGCAGGAGGAGGAGAGACGGGAGCAGCAGCUGAGGCGCGAGCAAGAGAAGAGGCGCGAGCAGGAGGAAGAGAGGCGCCAGCAGGAAGAGGAGAGGCGCGAGCAGCUGCUGAGGCGCGAGGAGGAGAAGAGACGCGAGCAGGAAGAGGAGAGGCGCGAGCAGCAGCUGAGGCGCGAGGAAGAGAAGAGGUGCGAGCAGGAGGAGAGACGGGAGCAGCAGCUGAGGCGCGAGCAGGAGGAAGAAAGGCGCCAGCAGGAAGAGGAGAGGCGCGAGCAGCUGCUGAGGCGCGAGGAGGAGAAGAGACGCGUACAGGAAGAGGAGAGGCGCGAGCAGGAAGAGGAGAGGCGCGAGCAGCAGCUGAGGCGCGAGGAAGAGGAGGAGGAGCUCGAGCAGCUGAGGCGCGAGCAGGAGCUGGCUGAAGAGGAAGAGGAGCAGGAACAGGAGCGGGCGUGGGUCAAGAGCCGCGCCAAGAGAUGGCAGUGGCAGCUAGAAAGCGAGGCCAGCGCCCGGCAGAGCAAAGUCUACUCGAGGCCCUGCAGGCGGGAGGAGCAGUGGCGCCGCCAGGAGCGUGAGCAGCGACGGCGGGAGCAGGAGGAGCAGGAGGAGCAGAGGCGCCGCCAGGAGCGUGAGCAGCGACGGCGGGAGCAGGAGGAGCAGGCCCGCCGGCAGCAGGAGGAGGAGCAGCGCCGAGACUUCCCAUGGCAGUGGCAGGCGGAGGAAGAGAACAGGCGCCGCCAGAGGCUGUCGGCCAAGCCCUCGCUGCGGGAGCAGCGGGAGAGGCAGCGGAGGGCGGAGGAGCGCCAGGAGCGGCAACAGCGGUUCCGCGAGGAGGCGGCGGCGGAGGAGGAGGAGCGCCGCCGGCAGCUGGAGGAGCAGCAGCGCUGCCAGCGGCGGGAAAGGGGGCGGGACCUGCAGUUCCGCGAGCAGGAGGAGCAGCUCCAGGAGCAGGAGGACACUCUCCAAGAGGAUCGCGAGAGGAGACGACGCCAGGAGGAGCAGCGCCGCGACCAAAAAUGGAGGUGGCAAUUAGAGGAAGACAGCCAGAGACGCCGCCAAACACUGUACGCCAAACCUGCCCUGCGGGAGCCGCUGAGGGAGCAAGAGUAUCUGCAGCAGGAGGAGGAGCAGCUCCAGCGCCAGGAGCGCGACAGGCAGUAUCUCGAGGAAGAGGAGCUGCAGAGAGAGGAACGCGAGAAGCGAAGGCGCCAGGAGCGAGAGAGAAAAUGCCGGGAGGAGGAGGAGCUGCAGCGGGAGGAAGAGGAGCUGCAGAGAGAGGAACGCGAGAAGAGAAGGCGCCAGGAGCGAGAGAGAAAAUGCCGGGAGGAGGAGGAGCUGCAGCGGGAGGAAGAGGAGCUGCAGCGGGAGGAAGAGGAGCUGCAGAGAGAGGAACGCGAGAAGCGAAGGCGCCAGGAGCGAGAGAGAAAAUGCCGGGAGGAGGAGGAGCUGCAGCGGGAGGAAGAGCAGGUGCAGAGGGAAAGGAGGCUUCAGGAGCGCGACCGGCAGUAUCGGGAGGAAGAGGAGCUUCGGCGACAGGAGAGGAAGCGCUUCUACCGGGAUGAGGAUCAGCGCCGCGAUCUGAAGUGGCAGUGGCAACCAGAAAAGGAAAAUGAAGUUCGUAAUAACAGGGUUUGCUGCAAACGUGGAGAGAAUGAAGGAAAGUUUCAGCAAUUGGAAGAGUCCCAGGUGCGAGGGAGACAAUUCCAGCGGGAUCGGCGGCCCCUGCUGGAUAAACGGGAAGAGGAGAGACUUCGAGACCAAGAGAGGAGACGCUGGCAGCAGCGCGACAGGCAAUUCCCAGCGGAAGAGCAGCUGGAGCGAGAAGAGCUAAUGGAAGCCAAAAGGCGAGAUAGGAAGUUCCAGGAGGAAGAGCAGCUGCUGAGAGAGGAGAGAGAAGAGAAAAGACGCCAAGACAGAGACAGAAAGUUCCGCGAGGAGGAACAGCAGCUGCGCCGCCAGGAGCGCGACAGAAAACUCCGCGAGGAGGAACAGCAACUCCGCCGCCAGGAACGGGAGCAGCAGCUUCGCCAGGACCGGGACAGGAAAUUCCGCGAGGAAGAGCAGCUCCUCCAGGAGCGCGAGGAACAGCAGCUGCGCCGCCAGGAGCGCGACGGGAAAUUCCGCGAGGAAGAGCAGCUCCGCCAGGAACUGGAGGAUCAGCAGCUGCGCCGCCAGGAACGGGAGCAGCAACUUCGCCAGGACCGGGACAGGAAAUUCCGCGAGGAAGAGCAGCUCCUCCAGGAGCGAGAGGAACAGCAGCUGCGCCGCCAGGAGCGCGACAGGAAAUUCCGCGAGGAAGAGCAGCUCCUCCAGGAGCGCGAGGAAGAGCAGCUGCGCCGCCAGGAACGGGAGCAACAGCUUCGCCAGGACCGGGACAGGAAAUUCCGCGAGGAAGAGCAGCUCCGCCAGGAACUGGAGGAACAGCAGCUGCGCCGCCAGGAACGGGAGCAGCAACUUCGCCAGGACCGGGACAGAAAAUUCCGCGAGGAAGGGCAGCUCCUCCAGGAGCGCGAGGAACAGCAGCUGCGCCGCCAGGAGCGCGACAGGAAAUUCCGCGAGGAAGAGCAGCUCCUCCAGGAGCGCGAGGAAGAGCAGCUGCGCCGCCAGGAACGGGAGCAACAGCUUCGCCAGGACCGGGACAGGAAAUUCCGCGAGGAAGAGCAGCUCCGCCAGGAACUGGAGGAACAGCAGCUGCGCCGCCAGGAACGGGAGCAGCAACUUCGCCAGGACCGGGACAGAAAAUUACGCGAGGAAGAGCAGCUCCUCCAGGAGCGCGAGGAACAGCAGCUGCGCCGCCAGGAGCGCGACAGGAAAUUCCGCGAGGAAGAGCAGCUCCUCCAGGAGCGCGAGGAAGAGCAGCUGCGCCGCCAGGAACGGGAGCAGCAACUUCGCCAGGACCGGGACAGAAAAUUCCGCGAGGAAGAGCAGCUCCUCCAGGAGCGCGAGGAACAGCAGCUGCGCCGCCAGGAGCGCGACAGGAAAUUCCGCGAGGACGAGCAGCUGCGCCGCCAGGAACGGGAGCAGCAGCUUCGCCAGGACCGGGACAGGAAAUUCCGCGAGGAAGAGCAGCUCCGCCAGGAACUGGAGGAACAGCAGCUGCGCCGCCAGGAACGGGAGCAGCAACUUCGCCAGGACCGGGACAGGAAAUUCCGUGAGGAAGAGCAGCUCCGCCGCCUGGAGCGCGACAGGAAAUUCCGCGAGGAGGAACAGCAGCUGCGCCGCCUGGAACGGGAGCAGCAGCUUCGCCAGGACCGGGACAGGAAAUUCCGCGAGGAAGAGCAGCUCCGCCAGGAACUGGAGGAACAGCAGCUGCGCCGCCAGGAACGGGAGCAGAAAUUCCGCGAGGAAGAGCAGCUCCGCCAGGAACUGGAGGAACAGCAGCUGCGCCGCCAGGAACGGGAGCAGCAACUUCGCCAGGACCGGGACAGAAAAUUCCGCGAGGAAGAGCAGCUCCGCCAGGAGCGCGAGGAACAGCAGCUGCGCCGCCAGGAGCGCGACAGGAAAUUCCGCGAGGAGGAACAGCUUCGCCAGGACCGGGACAGAAAAUGCCGCGAGGAAGAGCAGCUCCGCCAGGAGCGAGAGGAACAGCGGCUGCGCCGCCAGGAGCGCGAGCAACAGCUUCGCCAGGACCGCGACAGAAAGUUGCGCGAGGAAGAAGAGCAGCUGCUGCUUGAGGAGCGGGAAGAACAGAGGCGCCGGCAGGAGCGAGACCGGCAGUACCGCGCGGAGGAGCAGUUUGCCAGGCAGGAGAAGAGUCGUCGUCAGGACCGAGAACUGUGGCAAGAAGCAGAGGAGAGACGCCGCCAGGAACGGGACAGGAAAUUCCGAGAGGAACAGAUCCGCCGGCAGCGAGAGGAAGAGCAGAGGCGUCGCCAAUCCCAAGACAAGUGCCGUGGGCAGGGUCAGUUUGCCAGUGUCCCGGUGCGCUCCAGCCCUCUCUAUGAGUACAUCCAGGAGCAGAGAUCCCAAUACCGUCCUUAAGAGAUGCUGCCAAUAUCUUGACACCUGCCAAAGCUUCAAGCAAAGGAAAAUGAGAAACACUGGGUACCAAGGGAAGACUCGGAUGUUUCUGGUUGUGGGAAAACUCUCUGAUGUUAGAAUGUGUCUUUCUUCCAAAAUCUUAAACUACACUCAUUUUAUGUACUUUGCGCUCUUACCUUUUCUUUUUCCUCAAGUAAAUCUUUACCGCGAGAUGUCUUUGCUCUUUGGUGCAGAUGUGGUGUGCAUUUUUAAAAACGUAAAUCAUUCAAUUAAGCUUAAG